AUGACACAGACCAAGGUCCCCCCAACCUCAUCUACCACUCUUCAACGCUUCCCUCAUGUCCAUGAUGACCCUUCCACCCUUCCCAAGUCCUUGGACCCCUUCACCAUCACCACUUCUACGGGCUUCCUACCCUUCAUCCAUGCCCCUACUACCCUCCCCGAUGCCUUCAAGCCCUUGAUGGAGCUCAUGGAUCGUCUGCCUGUCCUCAAGCUUGAUGGCACUCCUGGUCUGCUGGCAACCUACGAGUUGGGUCCUGCCGUGGGUGACCUGCCCGACCUGACUGCAGAGGUUGACAAGCUCGUCACAGCCGAUGGCUCUCCCGAUCUCGUCACCGUCGCUGCUGUCUUUCGGGAUUACUCUUUCUUGGCUUCAUCGUACCUCCUUGAGCCUUGCUGGGAGAACUGGUCCAAGAACCCUGACAAUGGGUAUGGCCUGGGGAGAGACUUGUUGCCUAGGAGUGUGGCUUGUCCUAUGUAUCGAUGCGCCCAGCUCCUGGACAUUCCUCCCUUCAUGUCCUAUGCUGCCGCCUACUCUCUCUUCAACUACACCCUAGCCGACUCCUCCAAGGGCCUGGUCUAUGACAACCUUCGUCUGGUCCGUGCCUUUGAGAGAGGCCUUGACCCCAAGAGCUCCGAAGCAGGUUUCAUUCUCACCCAUGUCGACAUGGUCAAAUGGUCGGGUGGUCUGAUCGGCGGAGCUCUCAAGGUUAUCGAUACCAUCGAGCAAUCUGGUCCUCGGUCUCAGGUUAACGAUGGAUUCCGGGAGAUUCUGACUGCUAUGGAGAAGAUUGAAGCUGCUAUGGAGGACAUGUGGGGUAACUCAAAGCCCUCCGAAUACCUCUCCUUCCGCGUCUUCAUCUUUGGCAUCACUUCCCAGUCCAUGUUCCCCAAUGGUGUCAUAUACGAUGGUGUCCUUGACAACAAACCCCUCUAUUUCCGUGGUGAAAGUGGUGCCAACGACAGCAUGAUCCCCCUCCUUGACCAUCUGCUCCAAAUCCCCAUGCCAUCCACCCCUCUCACUAAAAUUCUCCACGAAUUCCGUGCCUACCGACCUCUCCCCCACCGUGAGUUCCUCGCAUAUGUCAACUCCAAAGCCGGGGAGGUCGGAGUUCGUGAAUUUGCCGUCCAGGAUGGUGAGACUGCUGUUCUGAUGCUCAAGACUCUGAACCAUGUGCGCAGCUUCCGUUGGCGUCACUGGCUGUUUGCCCGCGAAUAUAUCAUUCGCAGAACACCGCACCCUACUGCUACCGGUGGCAGUCCGAUUGUGACAUGGCUUCCGAACCAGUUGUCUGCCGUUAUGGAUUUGAUGAUUUCUGUCUAUGACACUUACCUUGCCCCGAAGGAAUUGAAUGGCCAUCAGAACGGUCACGAAAAUGGCGACCAAGCGUACUAUCGCAAGCAGGUUGAGCCGAUGAUGGAGCUCGUCCGCGACCAGAGGGAUAAACUGGCCAAGGAGGUUGAGAAGUGGUGCCAGGAGAGAGGUGUCUGA